GCGGCGAGCCAUUGCGGGCCGCCCUUCGCCGCCGGGGCCGCGGCCGCGCAGCCGGCGCGGGGGGGAAGGCGGCGGCGCUGGGCGGCAUCGCCCCCGCGGGGCAUCCCCCGCUUUCCCCUCAAACUUUAGGGCGGGAGGUGACGGGGGAGCCAACUUGUCCCGGAUCCUUUUAUUCAGCCGCCGUCUCCCCAACCCCCGCGUGGUUUUGGUUGGGUUUUUUUUGCUGAUUAAAGAGACGGACCUUGGUCCUGCCACCGCUCCUUCCUGCCCGCACCAUGGAGUUCACCCAGAGGAAGAGAAGCAGGAAAUCCCAAAGCUUUAAACUGAUCAACGAAGAUUACCAUCAUGAGAUAUAUAAGAUCUCUGACUGCAGCAAUGAUGUUAAUGGGGAGACCAAAGAAACACAGCCAGUUUUUUUAGGAGAUGAAAGCCGGGAAAUUAAAAAACAAAUUACAGGGAUGAGAAGAUUACUGAAUGACAGCACUGGAAGAAUCUAUCAACGGGUUGGCAAAGAAGGAGAAAAACUGAAGGAGGAGCCCCAAGAUUUAGACUUAGCCUGGGCCCAGCGCCUGAAUCCUCCUGCGGAGUCCCAGGCGAGCCUUCACCCUUCACAGAGCGGGGCAUGGAAUGAAUUAUCACCCCAAGCUAGCCAUUUUUCAGGGCAAUACGGAACUCGAUCCAAAACGUUCCAAAAUCAAACGCGAACCGUGGCAUCCAAUGGAGAAAUCCCAAUGGUGAAUUCAUCAGUUGGACCAAACUGCUGUACAUGUAAUUGCCAGUCAACCCUACAGGCUAUUCUUCAGGAGCUCAAGACCAUGCGAAAAUUGAUGCAGAUGCAAGCAGCUGGAACUCAAAACAGACAGCAGCCUCCUGUUCCUCUGAUUUGCACGCAGAAGUCAACAAUAUCAAGAAAGAGGAAUAAAAAGAAAAAACUGCCCCUCAAAACUGUUGAACCAAUUUCCAUGAGUAAGAAACCCAGCACCACAGAGAACGACAAGAAGCUGUCAGCAAACUCGGAACGAUCGAGCCUGCCAACAGUUGAACCCUCCCUAAAACCAGAAACCCCUGUUUCAGGAUUUGGAAUUAUCCUUGAAUCGGCUUCAUCAGAUCCAGAAGUGCAACUUGCAGAAGGCUUUGACGUCUUCAUGCCGAAAUCUCAGCUGGACUCUAUAUUAUCAAACUACACUCGCUCAGGAAGUCUGCUCUUUAGGAAGCUGGUCUGUGCUUUUUUUGAUGACAAGACUUUGGCUAACUCUUUACCAAAUGGCAAAAGGAAAAGAGGGCUCAACGACAACCGGAAAGGACUAGACCAAAAUAUUGUGGGUGCAAUAAAAGUCUUUACAGAAAAAUACUGCACUGCUAACCAUGUGGAUAAACUUCCCGGUCCUAGGGACUGGGUCCAGAUUCUUCAGGAUCAAAUUAAACUGGCAAGAAGACGGUUAAAAAGAGGCUCAGCAGAGGCAACUGACUGUGAUGAGAAGCCGGACUUUUCUCUACUACAAACAGGUAACCUUUUCGACACCACGACAGAUCAUCUGAUAGACGCAAACCUGGAUUUUUCGGCAUGAAUUUCACAUUCUGCAUCAGUGUUUUUAGCGGAUAGAAACAUCCUCUCCUUUGAAUAACAUUCCCACAAGUUCGGCACGAGAACUUCAGCUCACCACGAGACGUGGACGUCCGUACCGUUUUCCCUUCAAGUUUGUGUUGUUUCAUUCAUUUUCAUGUAGCCUCCAAUAACGAAACCACCAGAUUGCUUCACUCCUCAUCUUAAUUAAAGAUGAUUUCCCUCCGUAUCAAAUGCAUUGUUUAAUUAGCGGGGUAUCCACUCUGAAGACAUUCUCUUGCCUUUGUUCUUCCUCCACGAUUGUAUUUUUCCACAUGAUUGUAUCCUUGCCAGCAGUGUUUUGUCUUAAGCCACGCAGAGGUGAAUCCACACAGCCGGGUGACAAUUCCCGUCCCCGGGGACCGGGGUGACAUCUCUCCAUCACAAACCCUGGACAUUCGAUGAGAAUUUCCCUCGGUGAAGCUCUUUGCUGCUGCAGACCCACGUUUCCUUUGCUGGCUGCUGUGGGACCGAUGACCAGCUGUACGUGAUGGGAUGAAAAGCUCCUCGCUGGAUUUAGCAGGAAAUAAAGGAGGAUUCCUCCCAGCAGUGCCCUGUUUCCUAACUAUAGCAAGAAGCUGUUCCUCAAAUAAUUUCUCCUAUGUGGUCCUAGCAGGAUGGCUCUAGAGCAUCUUUAUAGUGCAGGUUGCAGGAGGGGGUCAUUCUCCACUUGCUUUCCCCCCCUAGUUUGCCCUACCACCUCAAUCUCAAAAUGUAUUAAUUUGCUGGAAGAGGGUCUGCACACCGUGAUUUUUCAACCACUGCCCUUGGCGACAAUAUUCACCUAUUUAAAAGAAAAAAAGCGUCACCUUUUGACUGGCACUCUUGAUAUCUCAGCAGUUAAAUGAGCGAAUCGAUCGAGAAAUGGCACUAGGUGCUGAAAGGGUCGGUCCUUUCAGGUCAGGGCUAAGGGAAGAUCGUACGCAGCCCUCCAUGCAAACCUUCACUUCUGCACCUUUCAUCAGCACUAAAUUCACUUUAAAAAUGUCGGGGAAAACGUCUGGAAGGUGUUAACUACAACAUCUAUCGAUCACCAGGCAGUUGGAGCACGUUUCCUGCAACUGGAGGGAGAGCUUGCUGGAGCCUUUAGCAUUGUGUUCCCUCUGAAUAUUUUAGGUUCAUCAUUUUUUCUUUGGAAACUAUUUGGCCUUUGAGUGUCUCGACAGAAGUGCUAUUACAGAGUGGGAUGGUUUUCAAAAUAUUUAAUCUCUUAUUUUUUAGCAAUCGCAAAGCCCGUUUUCUCAGACGUCGCCGAAUAACCUGGGAAACCAGGCGCCCAGCCCUUCCCCACCCACCUACUGUGGACUUUUGGGAAUGACCACGUUCUCUCUGAAACUGUGGAAUAGAUUGAAUGUGCACUGCAAACCUUAACAUUUGAAUACUUUCCUUCCUUCAUGGCUUGGAGCUGCCUGCAUGGGGCAGGGGGCACCAGUCCGUCGUGUCCAUAUCGUAACCCUUCAGCAACAGAAUCAGCGUUUUGUAAAUUUGGAAGAUUGCAUUCGUGUUUACUUACUGUGACUACUGUUCAGACUUUCUUCAGAAAUCUUUUUAUAGGGUUUAUUAGAGAGAAGAAAAAAAAAAAAAUCAUUCCAUAUUUAGGUAAAAAUGUCUCAAUCUUCUGUAUAUAUGUUUUAUUAAUAUGUAAAUAUUUAGAUAUUUUUAAAUUACUAUGUUCUUAAUAAAGCGACAAGGGACUAGUUGUGAAAUGGUGUAUAACAUUGUGUCGUGUCAUCAAUCUCUGGGAAACCCUCUUUGUCAGUUCAGAAAAGAAAACCUACAAUAAAUAACUUUAAUUGCA